AUGCAUCAAUUACUGACUUCAGGAGUUGCUACUGCCAAUACCAUCUGGGAUUCAAUCCGUGAAAAGAGACUUACGGUCCCUUGGCAGAAACUGUUAUGGUUUCCCCUGCAUAUCCCAAAACACAGUCUUAUUACCUGGAUGGCUUUCCUCGAUAAACUUCAUACCAAGGUUAGAUUACAACGUAUGGGGCUGAUUAAUGACUCUUUAUGCGUUUUCUGUAAAGUUGAUCUGGAAUCCAAAGACCAUCUUUUCCUUAAUUGUCCUACUAUUGUUUUCCUCUGGGACUCUAUUUUCUCUUUAUCUGGUAUGAAAUUUUCUGUCUUCUCUUGGGAUAAUUUCUUGACUCGGGCUAGCUCCAACUGGAAAGGCAAAUCCUUGCUCUCUUUGGUUAUGAAGCUGGCCAUGAAUGCUCUGGUUUACUUGCUAUGGGAGGAAAGGAACAAAAGAUUGUUCCAAGGUUGA